CGUCAUGUACUACCUCUUCGUUCCUCUUGACCUCACGCUGAUCAACAGCGAAGCCGACAGCUUUAGCGGAGAGGUCAUCGUUGCGACCAACGACGACUCUGUCACCAACGAGCACUUGUUUACCUCGGUCACGCCUCCCAUCUGGGGUGAGCCUGGCCAAGAUGUGAUCAACAUCGGAUAUCAAGGUCUCGCCUUUAGCUUUCACGCACCAAUCCUGGCUCCCUCUCAGCCAGUGCAGCGCUUCACGAUGACUAUCUCGCGCAGGGUCGGUGCGGAGCAUCACUACAAUUGAGCGCAUGCGCCACAGUCUCACAGUGUUCGCGAGAGCAUCAACUUGUCGUCGAUACGAAGUGAUAGAUCAAGAAGAGGAAGCUGGGGGAGGCGCGGACUCCAGCUCAAACGGGGCAACGAAGGGCUGGCAGCACAGGCUUGUCUAGCCGAGCCAAAGCUCAACUUACGAGAGGACCAGCUGGCUGUGUGUCUCGUCCCGGCCUCGCCACAUCAUCUCUCAUCUCUGUCC